AUGGACUCGAAUCCACUCCACAUCGUUGUUACACGGCUAACCGAUACCCACAAAGCCAUCACCGAUCAGUUACGCAAAGUUGAUCCGCUAUGGUUGAUCAUUGGAACUAUGGGAGGAACAGUCAUCUACUUAAAGGUUAGCAGAAUCUACAGACGAAGCGAGGAGCCUUUAUUCAAGCGAUUGACAGCCUACGCCUUCUCUCAAAUUCGUCGCUUGCCUAUGAUUAGAGCUAAGAUCGAGGAACAACUAGCAGGAGCUAAGAAAGAAAUUCUAGAAGCUAUACACAAGGAUGACACGGACCGAAUCUUCCUAUCCGAUAUGCCAACCAACGGUUUGUCGGCGGAUGCGGUCAUAAACCUUGCAGAGAAGUAUGAAUCUUAUGGUAAAUUCGGUAUUGCCGAGGGCAGAGUCUCAGGUGCCGUUUACACUGAUAGAUCUCCCGAACAUAUUGCUUUACUUACAAAGAUCUAUAGUAAGUAUGCGUUUUCAAACCCUCUUCAUCCGGAUGUUUUCCCUGGUGUACGGAAAAUGGAAGCGGAAACCAUUCGCAUGGUCCUCAGCCUUUAUAAUGCACCCCCGGAGAGCUCCGGUAGCUUAACAACUGGUGGCACAGAGUCCAUUAUUAUGGCUUGUAUAGCCUACAGGAACAGGGCUAUGCAGAAGGGCGUGGAGAAUCCAGUGAUUGUAUGUUCGGAAACAGCACACGCUGCUUUUGAUAAGGCUGCCUUCAUGUGUGGGAUGCGCGUGCGUCACAUAACAGUGGACGAAAACAAUCGUGUCAACCUAGCCCUCAUGGAAAAGGCUAUAGAUUCCGAUGUUUGCAUGCUUGUUGCGUCUGCCCCUAAUUUUCCAUCGGGAACAGUCGAUCCCGUCCCAGAUGUAGCGAAGCUGGGGAUGAAGUACCAUAUUCCAGUACAUGUCGACGCUUGUCUAGGAGGAUUCCUUAUCCCUUUCAUGGACGAGUGCGGCUUUGACAUUCCCGUUUUUGAUUUCCGUAACGAGGGGGUGACGAGUAUCAGUUGUGAUACUCAUAAAUAUGGAUGUACACCGAAAGGCAGUUCCAUUGUAAUGUAUCGUUCAAAGGAAUUGCUCCAUUACCAGUAUUUCUCUGUGCCAGAGUGGACUGGGGGCAUUUAUGCAACACCCACAAUCUGUGGAAGUCGGGCUGGUGCAAACUCUGCCGUAGCGUGGGCCACCCUUUUGUCGUUCGGGAAGAAGGAGUACCGGAGAAGAUGUUUUGAGAUCAUCUCUCAUACGAGGAAGAUAGCUGCUGGCCUUCAUGGUUCUCCUGACGUGUCUGUUGUUGCAUUUAAGAGUUCCGCUUUUAAUAUUUAUGCUGUUAGCGACAAAAUGAACAAACGGGGUUGGAAUUUGAACACUCUGCAGAAUCCUAACGCUAUUCAUAUUUGUCUCACUUAUAAUCACGCUAGCCAAGAGGUUGUGGAUGCUUUUCUGAAAGAUCUCGCCGAAGUAGCUGAUGAAGUAAGCAGAAGUAGUGACAAAGGGAACAAAAGCAGUACGGCUGCUCUGUACGGAAUGGCUGCUCAAAUUCCCGACAAGUCGUUAGUGGAUGAAAUGACGUACGAGUUUCUUGAUGCGUGUUACGCCAAGCCACCUCAGCAGUAG